CGGAUGUGUCGUGUACACAGAAGCGACACUCAUCAGCGGUUCACUUCCAGUCGUUUGUAAUCAAACGUGUACUUUUCAAACACGGAUUUAACAGCUGAGAAUCGGAAGAAAUGGCGCAUUUAACGACAAACCCGGCGGAUAAAGAGCGGUUUUUGUGCAUAUAUCCAGCGUACAUCAACAGUAAGAAGACGUUAGCAGAAGGAAGAAGAAUCCCUGCGGAAAAGGCUGUGGAGAACCCGUCGUGUGCCGAGAUCCGGGAUGUUCUCACCGCCGCUGGACUGAACGUUCUCCUGGAGAACAAGAUGUACCCGCGGGAAUGGAACAGAGACGUCCAGUUCAGAGGACGAGUCCGUAUUCAGCUCAAACUCGAGGAUGGAAGUUUGUGCCAAGACAAGUUUUCUUCUAGAAAAGAUGUGAUGUUUUAUGCAGCCGAGAUGAUCCCGAAGCUCAAGAGCCGGACGCAGAAGAGCGGAGGAGCCGACGCCGGAUCACAGCUGGGAGAAGGAGGGAAGAAGGGAAAGAAGAAGAAGAAGUAGAUGAUUCAAGUCUCAAGGCAUCGUUUUGGCUCCUCGUUGAUGGUUUUUGUUGGACUCCAAAUGUUUAUUUUCAUUGGCACCUGAUAGACUUUCAUUCAAGCAUCAGAUCGUUCUUUAGUUUUUAAUAUUUCACUUUCAGGAGCUGCACAGAGCAGGUGUUUUUUGUUAAUUCGUGAUGGAUUGAGUUUAAAUGAACGCUGACAGAGCUCAAAAUACAUUGGCUGCUCGUAUGACGGCAUCUUUCAGCACGUUUGUCUAGGUGUGUUUGUGAGGAUCAGUGUUUCGACACGGCCGUAACAGGCUGUGAAAUGUCAGCGCUCGCGUCCUUCAGCGCACCUGUUCGCCGCUGACAGAGGAUACGGACGGAGCGACCGCUGUAGCCUGAAUAUUUCCAUCUGCCGUUUGUGAGUGUGAAAUAAAGAGAAUCGGACACAA